GAGAAGGGUAGAAGAGGGCGGGUGGUGGGAUGGGGAGGGCAGAGUGGGGAGGCCCUGGGCAGACCCUGGCAGAAGGGGCACGGAGCAGGGUGUGGGUUCACCGUUGGCAGGGCCAGGUGAGCUAUGUGGCCUCAGCUGCUCCUCUUGCUGCUGGCCCCACGGGGUGGGCAUGGCUGCCAUGGGCCGGAGCUGGACCGGGAACUCGUCCUGGCCAAGGUGAGGGCCCUGUUCCUGGAUGCCUUGGGAGCCCCCGCAGUGACUGGGGAAGGUGGGAAUCCUGGAGUCAGGCGUCUGCCCCGAAGACAUGCUGUGAGGGGCUUCAUGCACAGGGGCUCUGAGCCCGAGGAAGCGGAUGUCUCCCAGGCCAUCCUUUUCCCGGCUACAGGUGCCAGCCUCGGGGACGAGCCAGCUGCCGGAGAGCUGGCCCAGGAGGCCAAGGAGGGCCUCUUUACAUACGUGUUCCGGCCAUCCCAGCACACGCGCAGCCGCCAGGUGACGUCGGCCCAGCUGUGGUUCCACACGGGGCUGGACAGGCAGGAGACAGCAGCCGCCAACAGCUCUGGGCCCCUGCUAGGCCUCCUGGCACUGUCAUCCGGGGGUCCCACAGCUGUGCCCAUGUCACUGGGCCAGGCACCCCCUCGCUGGGCUGUGCUGCACCUGGCCGCCUCUGCCUUCCCUCUGCUGACCCAUCCCAUCCUGGUGCUCCUCCUGCACUGUCCUCUCUGUUCCUGCUCAGCGCGGCCCGAGGCCACCCCCUUCCUGGUGGCCCACACUCGGGCCAGGCCGCCCAGCGGAGGGGAGAGAGCCCGCCGCUCCACGCCCCCGCUGCCCUGGCCUUGGUCUCCCGCCGCGCUGCGCCUGCUGCAGAGGCCUCCAGAGGAACCCGCUGCGCAUGCCAGCUGCCACAGAGCGGCCCUCAACAUCUCCUUCCAGGAGCUGGGCUGGGAACGGUGGAUCGUGCACCCUCCCAGUUUCAUCUUCCACUAUUGUCAUGGGGGCUGUGGGCCGUCCACCCCACCGGACCUGUCCCUGCCAGUCCCCGGGGCACCCCCCGCCCCUGUCCAGCCCCUCUCGUUGGUGCCACGGGCCCAGCCCUGCUGCGCUGCUCUCCCAGGGACCAUGAGGCCCCUACGUGUCCGCACCACCUCGGAUGGAGGUUACUCUUUUAAGUAUGAGAUGGUGGCCAACCUGCUCACGCAGCACUGUGCUUGCAUCUAAGGGAGUCCUGGGCU